UCUCUCGUGGCCUUGCUUCCGAGAUGACUAAGAAAAGAAGGAACAACGGCCGUGCCAAAAAGGGCCGUGGCCAUGUGCAGCCAAUUCGCUGCACGAACUGCGCCCGAUGCGUGCCCAAGGACAAGGCUAUUAAGAAGUUCGUCAUCCGAAACAUAGUAGAGGCCGCAGCCGUCAGGGACAUCUCCGAAGCAAGUGUCUUCGAUGCCUAUGUGCUCCCCAAGCUGUAUGUGAAGCUACAUUACUGUGUGAGUUGCGCCAUUCAUAGCAAGGUAGUCAGGAACCAAUCUCGGGAAGCUCGCAAAGACCGAACACCCCCACCCCGAUUUAGACCUGCGGGUGCUGCCCCUCGCCCUCCACCAAAGCCCAUGUAAGGAGCCGAGUCUUUAAGGACUGAAGAACUGUCUGUCCUCUGGGGG